AUGGCCGCUAUACGCAUGCAGUGCUCGGAAAGCGACCCGGAAUCUAUCUUUUCAUCGUCUGACGAGAGUUAUGAGAUCGAGGAAUAUGAUGACAACGAGAGAUGUCACGAUUUUGUUUUAGAGUGUCAGGGACAAAGUGGCCCAUACAGGUUUGAACCUGCGAGAAAAGUACGCGAUGUGGGCAUGUGCUUAUUAUGUCACAAAGACGUUGACAAUAAACUGCUAUAUGGAGAAUUAUUUUUUCAUCAAGAAUCACAAAUUACUGUUCAUCAUUACUGCUUGUUAUUUGCUUGUGGGUUGAUACAAAGAGGAGAAGAUAAUGAAGGCAUUCAGGGAUUUCUACCGGCAGAUAUAUUGAAAGAAGCAAGACGAGGCUCCAAGCUGAAAUGUAGUUACUGUCAUAGCAAAGGUGCUGCUGCUGGCUGUUGUAUUCCAAAAUGUAAACAUAAAUUUCACUAUCCAUGUGGUAAAGAUUUUGGGGUUUUGUCACAGUUCUUUGGAGGAUUUAGUUCGUAUUGCAAAGAUCAUCGUCCAAAACAGACUGUGCAUAAAGUAUCUGAAAAAGAACAUAUCUGUCCUAUAUGUAUCUGUGAAGUGCCUUCUACGCCAGGAAUUGAUGUGCUGAAAACUCCAUGUUGUAAGGACAAUUGGUUACAUAGAGAUUGUGUACAGUCUCAAGCACUGAAUGCUGGCUCCCACUUUUUUCGUUGUCCUAUAUGCAACAACCAAGAAAAGUUCAAGAAUGAGAUGUUACAAUUUGGUAUCUUUAUUCCUGAGCAGGAUGCCUCUUGGGAAUUAGAAGAAAAUGCAUUUCAAGACUUAUUGGCAAGACAUAACCAGUGUGAUGUGGCCGAUUGCUUGUGCCCACAAGGCAGGCAUAUUAAGGAAGAGGCUAGUAUAUGGGAUAUUAUUUUGUGUGAUAUGUGUGGAUCUGUUGGUAGUCACUUGAGGUGCUCAAACUUGAAAACCCCUGAAGAUGACUGGAUAUGUUGUGACUGUGAGUCUGUUGUUGGAAAAGAUAACCAGAAUGAAGACAAAUCGAAUAAUGUUGUUACUCCUCACAAAGGCAUGUCUUCAUCGUCACCUCAAACACCGCAACAACAAUUGCGGGCAAUGUCUAUUUCACCAUUGGUUGUCUUAGACAGAGUGCCUGAUAAUCCUUCACCACUGACAUGGAAAAUAUGGCAAACACGACGGCUGUCUGUGUCCGCUAAGAAAAGACGAUUGCAAUCUUCAGACUACUAUAAACAACUUAAUAGAAUUGCCUCUUCCUCUGAAAGUCUUUGGAACUCUGAAAAAUCUGAUAGAAAUGGUAACUGUUCAGUUGCUAAUAAAGCUUCUUGUUCAGACAUGACAUCACAUGAGGAUGGAGCAUCAACAUGCAACACCAUGUUUUCAGCAAAUAUGUCUGAACUACCAACUAAAUUUGAUGAAAAGAACAAGUUUGGUUCUUCUGCAAGUACAUAUGAUGCCACACCACAACAAAAGAGUCGGUCUUCUCUGUUGCGAAAUGAAGUUACUUCUUCAUUAUGUAAAGCCAAUAAGAAUGACAUACCUAGUGCAUCUGCAUUAACAAGUAAAGCUACAGAGCCCUUGUCUAAAAAAGACAAACCUACUUCUUCUACAAAUACAUCUUCUUGCGCACAUGCUGCUAAUGUACAAAAAAAUGUUUCCCUGCAGUCGUCACAAGGUAUGCCUUCAUCAGAAUUCAACAGAGCAAAGAUCUUCAAUAACACCAAUCCACAACUAACCAGCACACCUAAUUCAGCUAAUAAAUUACAGGGAAUUUUGCAUAAAGAAGCACAAAUACAACUACACUUACAUACUCCUGUGGAUCAUUUUUCAUCAACACUUUCUUUAACAUCAAAGCGGAAAUUACGUUCUUUGAAAACAACUCCAGCUAAACAUGAUCUUAAGCAUGCUGAUAAUAUUCACCAAACUCCCAAAAAAUUACUUGGAGGUUUUAAGAUAUUCGUUCCACAAAAAAGAUCGCCAUUGAAGUCAGUAGUAUCAACUAAGAAACGCAUGAAGACAUUAGGUGAUUAUUUUGGCCUGCUACCUGGUACAAGUUCACCUGGUAAAAUUUGUGAUUCAUCGCAUACAUCUCCUCGCAAAAAUGUCAAGCAUCAGCACCUGGAGAGUGGGUUGUGCUCAUCUCCCUCACGGUUGUGCAAAGAACAUACACAAGCUUUACCAAAUGUGAAAAAGUUGCAGACAAAAAAGCCAGACACUGGUGUUGAAUCAUCGCCUUUGAGAGAGAAAGGUGUUGAAUCAUCGUCACUAAGAAAGAAAAGUGUUGAAUUAUCGCCAUUGAGAAAGCUAGAUAUUGAAUCAUCGCCUUUGAGAAAGCAAGGUAUUGAAUCAUCGCCUUUGAGAAAGCAAGGUGUUGAAUCAUCGCCAUUAAGAAAGCUGGAUGUUGAAUCAUCGCCAUUGAGAAAGCAAGGUGUUGAAUCAUCGCCAUUAAGUAGGCUAAAUGAUGAAUCAUCGCCUUUGAGAAAGCUAGAUGUUGAAUCAUCGCCAUUGAGAAAGCAAGGUGUUGAAUCAUCGCCAUUAAGUAGGCUAAAUGAUGAAUCAUCGCCUUUGAGAAAGCUAGAUGUUGAAUCAUCGCCAUUGAGAAAGCAAGGUGUUGAAUCAUCGCCAUUAAGUAGGCUAAAUGAUGAAUCAUCGCCUUUGAGAAAGCUAGAUGUUGAAUCAUCGCCAUUGAGAAAGCAAGGUGUUAGAUCAUCGUCAUUAAGUAGGCUAAAUGAUGAAUCAUCGCCUUUGAGAAAGCUAAAUGAUGAAUCAUCGCCUUUGAGAAAGCUAGAUGAUGAAUCAUCAUUGAGUAAGCUAGAUGUUGAAUCAUUGCCUUUGAGAAAGCUAGAUGUUGAAUCAUUGCCAUUUAGAAAGCUAGAUGUUGAAUCAUCAUUGAGUAAGCUAAAAUCAAAAACUUCUAAAGAAAGUUUUCACAGCCACAAUAGAGAAAGCAGGAGAUCAUCAAAUUUGAAUACUUGUGUUGAUUCCUACAUUGAUGUGCUUAAUGCAGAUUCUGAGAAUAAUUUGACAGCAAGAAAACAGCAGGUGAAGAGUCUUAGAAAACUUGUUUUCGAAGAGUCUCCUCUCUCAAACAAGGAUCGUGAUGGUUUGAUCUUAAAAAAAAAUGAAAAUUCUGUUCCAACAACACCAAAUGUUAGUCCCCAAUUGACUCCAAGUGUGUAUCCCAGUUUAUCUUGUUUCAGCACAUGUCUCCCUGCUACCAUUAUAGAUCAACUUGGUUCUAGUCCACAGACACCCAAUACUCAUAUAGUAACACCUGGAACAAGUCCAGCAACACCUGGCACUAGCCCAGAUCUACCAACUGCCAAGCCAGUUGAACCUGACACCAAGCUUGGUUCUUCUGAUGUGUCUGCAGAUAUACAAAAAAGAAGCAACAAAAAGAAUGAUGUUGAAUCAGAAUCAUUACAUGAAGAAACACACGACGUGAUAUGUUUAUCUCCAAGUAGUUCUGUUCAAUGCAAACAUAAAAAUACAAACCAAAUUGCAAGUGGAGAUAAACCUGAUGCCAUCAAAUUGCAGAAUGGUAUGACAAAUGUGGGAGCUGUGAAUGUUAGUGAUUUAGAAUUUCAAAAAAGAUUGCAUAAACCUUGGUGUCAACUUUCUUCUAGUAAAAUCAUACCAAAGACCCAGGUUAAAAAACAGCAAAAACAUGAACUGUUGAUUUUGAUUGACUCUGAUGACAGUGACAAUCAGACAUCAGAUAUUGAAAUAAUCUUUGAAGGUCGUACAAAGGCUAGAAAGAAAAGAAGAAAAUCUGGAAGGAGUUCGUUACAUAGUAUCGGUAAGAGUAAUGACUGUGAUGUCAUUGUUUUAGAUUAG